AUGGUAACACCCUUGACGUCAUUCUUGUUGAUUUUGAUGACGCACAGGCCAAUGGCUUGAAAGAGGCACUGGGGCAAGAAAAAGCAGAGAAGGUUUUGAGAGGAUGUCAAGUGCAUUGGACGCGUUCUUUGCAAAGAGUAGCGAAGCUGGUAACAAAGUCAAAAGAGCAGCAACGAGUUUUCCUUUAUCUUGGAAAUAGAAUUCCUAAUGAAACAGAUAAAAACGACGUGAAGAUACUUUUUAAGCUCCUGUCAGGUCAAUUAAAUCUCUCAGAAGGCAGCAAUUUUUUAACAGAAGGUAUGAAUGACAUAGUCCAAACAUUCGACACACAGGGGUGGAAAAGAUUGAAGAGUUGGUCCGAAUGGUGGUGUCGACCAAAUCAUCUUGCAAUGUUUACCAAAUCCCAUACCUUGUUAAAUGAAAGUGAAUGGGACACUGCGCCAAGGACAACCAAUGCUGUGGAGUCCAUCAACCGACAGUCAAUCCAUGACAAAGGGUGUGUAUUGUUUGCACUUCUAGAAAACAUUUACACGGAAGACAGAGGUCACGCUGCCAAGAUUGUUGCCAUGGAAAACAAUGUCACACUUUCGUAUGCAAGUAGUGAAGAGAGUAGGAGGAAAAAGAAGAACGAUAAACGAAAAAGAAAGCGUUCGAGUCUGACGAAUGGUAGCAAAGAUAACGAUGUUCCUCCAGAUAAGAGAAGAAACAUCGAAAAAGAUACGAGAGCAACCCCUAAAAAAAGAGGUAGAUCCCUCAUCGGAACUAAAGUUUCAGUUGAAUAUCAGGAAAUGAAUGGAGGGGUAAUGAAAUACAUGGGUUGGUUUGAUGGAACCAUUGCAGCAUUUAACCGUCGAGAUGGCUAUUUCAUAGAAUUCCAAGACAGCGAAAAAGAUGGCAAAGUAAUAAAAGGCUGGACAGAGUGGUUGGGAGAUAUUGAAAGUAAUGAUGUAAAGCUCUUAUCAUGAACCAAGUAUAUGUAACAAUUUAAUAUACAGUUACAGAAGCGUAUCUAAAAUCUACAAGUGAAAUUAUUAUUUAUUGUCCAAGACACUUGUGCUCAUCAACAAAGCCACACCUAUCCUCUACUCUAMAAGAGAACGAAUCUACUUCACCAAGUAAACCUUAUUUAUUAUUAUUUAUUGUCCAAGACACCCCUCUUCAUCAACCAAGCCACGCCUAUCUUCUACUCUACAAGAGAACGAAUCUACUUCACCAAGUGAACCUUAUUUAUUAUUAUUUAUUGUCCAAAACACUUGUGGUCAUCAAACAAGCCACGCCUAUCCUCUACUCUACAAGAGAACGAAUCUACUUUACCAAGUGAACCUUAUUUAUUAUUAUUUAUUGUCCAAGACACUCGUGUUCACCAAAUCAAGAGCUUAAAAUAUGCUAAGCCCAACUAUUAUGUAUCGACAUGCCUCUGCCUUUUAUUUAAUUCUAUCGGUAAAUACUCAUUUAUAUUUGCUUCAUCUACAUAUGGUAUGGUCCUAUACGUUUACUGGCUCUGGUCAUUGGUCUCUUUAGAAGUGCCGAUUUUGCCUUUGGAAAUGUAGAUGUACGUUUUGGAGCUUUAUAUAUUUUAUUAGUUUUGUUUGUAUAUAGCAUYGUAAUAUUGUAGCAAUCUAGUUGAUAAUUGAUCCUUUAAAUCCUAAAUUUAACUUGACUGAUUCCAUGCACAAGUCGUAGUUUUCGGUCCUUUGUGGGUUGUGCCCUUUUUAGCGAUAACCAAUGUUUUGCGAAGGUUUUGUGAUCACAAUUCUGAAAUGUAUUUUGUUAAAUGUCUGAAGCUGAAAAAUGCUUAUUGUAAUACUAUACAGUGUUUCUUUCUGUCUUGGUAUGCAGACAAAAUAUUAUGAAAUAGCUUUAUACAGGGGAGUAUGAAAUAUACUAUUUGGCAAUAUUGUAGCUAGUAAACUCUUGAAAGAGCAGCGGCUAAAUUCUGCUAAGAAAAAGUUCAGAUAAUAUACCGAUGGGGGAAAUGAAGUGAUUUAUCCUCAAAAACCUGAUUUUUCUAAAGACCCCCCUUUAGAACUUAACUUAAUUCUGAAAGCCCCCUCAAAACACCAUUGUCAAUUUUGUUAGAGCUUCCUCUUUCAUAUCCCAAAACAUUUCAGUACCUCCCCCCUCCACCCGGCAUAUGAAAUGAACUUUAUCUAAAAAGCUCUUCUUGUUAGGCAAUGACAAGGAUUUGUAAUAAGCGAGCACUUCUAUUGAAUGUCAGUAUAAAUGUUCUAGCUCUAGAUUUWAAAAAACCUCACCCCAGGCUGCUCUCUUCGCUGUUCAGCAUUACGUUCAUCACGAUCGUCACACAUCAGCCUCUGCCACGCCAAAUGCUUGAAUAAUGCUUGGUUUAUGUAUGGCGUGAAAAAUGACGUGCUGUACGAAAGUAGACUUUGUACCCMCCUCAAMAAAAUCCCUAGAUGCUGCGCCCUUAAUUCUAUAUGGUCAAUCUGUAUGGAUUGAAAGGUUGAUUUUUCGACGAAUAUAAUUAAAGCGAAAAAAAUAAGUUAAUGUAAAUAAUUAAAUUAACUCAUCUAUUAGUCUAUUUUUGCUUUGCUUCACGCGUUAGAAGUGUCUUUCAUAUUUAAGAGAGCGAGCUGAAAAAGAGUAGCCUGGGACGAGCCUAAAUAAAAUAAAUAAACCGUUUUCAAUAAUUUAUGAUUUAUUGAUGAAAGCUUUAUAUAUACGUCAUUGACAAACCUAUGAACUUUUUUAUGAUU